AUGGAUCGCGAAUGGGGGAGCAAGCCCGGAAGCGGCGGCGCCGCGUCCGCGCAGAGCGAGGCGAUCGACCGGCGCGAGCGGCUGCGACGAUUGGCUCUCGAAACCAUCGACCUGGCAAAGGACCCCUACUUCAUGCGGAACCACCUCGGAAGCUACGAGUGCAAGCUCUGCUUGACUCUCCACAACAACGAGGGCAACUACCUCGCACACACGCAGGGCAAGCGCCACCAGCAGAACCUGGCCAAGCGCGCAGCUAAGGAGGCGCAGGAGGCACCAGCGCUGCCCCAACCCGCACGGCCGCGAGUGAACCCGCGCAAGACAGUGAAGAUCGGUCGACCUGGUUACCGUGUUACGAAACAGUUCGACCCUGAGACGCACCAACGCUCGCUGCUCUUCCAGAUUGAGUACCCAGAGAUAGAGGAUGGGGUGAAGCCACGCCACCGCUUCAUGUCCUCCUAUGAGCAGCGAGUUGAGUCGUGGGACAAGAACUUUCAAUACCUGCUGUUUGCAGCAGAGCCAUACGAAAUCAUAUCUUUCAAGAUUCCCAGCACAGAAAUUGACAAGACCCCAUCCAAGUUCUUUUCGCACUGGAACCCCGAUACCAAGACCUUCACAGUAAGUAACACGCCAGUCUUGCUCAGUCGUUCACCACUAAGUAACCUAUCACUGCAUGUGCAUCCCGCCUCUCCCAUCUAA